UAAUACAAAAUAGAGAAAUAUGAUUGAACACGAAAUGUAUACGCAGCUUGAUGUUUUAUUACAUGAUCCAAAGCAGUUUUUAAAACCAUCAAAUAAACUUCAUUCUACUAUUCUUUUUCAAGUAAAAAAAUUACUUGAUCCUAUAAUUAAACAAAAUAGUAUUUUUGAUGACUUAUACCUUAAUGGAUUGGAUGGAAAUCAAAUAUUCGAAGAAGUUAGGCUUAUUACGAAUGAAUUAAUUGAUAGGUUGCUUGAAAAAUUAAAAAUUAUUUUGAAAAAUCAAGUAAACCUCAAAAAAAAAUUAAAAUAUAAGACAAAAAGAGAAAUAGAUACAGCCAAAGAGGAUGUAGACAGUCCUAAAGGACUUAAUAAAGAAAAAUGCCAGGAAAAUUCUAUAGAUAUAAUUGCAUAUAAAAGCAAUAUACUACCAAUUAAUGAUGAAUAUAUUUCAAAAGAAGAUAAAAAUAUUUUUAAAGAAAAAGUACUCGGACUAAAUAAUUUACCCAUUUCUACUAACAAUUUUAACAAUAAAAUAAAAAAAUUGGAAAAAAUAGAUAACCUUUUAGAUGAAAAAAAUAACGAUGUGUAUUAUCUUUCGAAUUUAAGUGAAAGUGAAGUAAGCAGUGAAUAUUCAGAUAAAGGAUUUGAAAAUACUAAUGAAAUUAAAUAUGCUAAUUUUUUUCUUCCUUCAAUAAAAAAAAAAAGCGAUGAAUUGUCUAAUAUACAAAAAACACCAAAGAAUCAAAAGCAUAAUGAUGGCAAUUUUGAAAAAGAUGCUAAUAUAAAAGAAAACCAUGAAAAUAUCAUGUCCAAAGUACAGCAAGAUUUAUUUGCAAAUAGCAAUGAGGAAAUUAAAGAACAUAAAAUUUCAAAUAAAUCAAAAUAUAUGAAAACUCAGAAAAUAUUAUCUGAGGAGAUAAAAAAACUAGAAAUGGAAAAUAUAGCAAAAAAGGAUUGGACGUUAAUGGGAGAAGUAAAGGCUAAAGAUAGAUUUAUAAAUUCUUUGCUCGAAGAAGAUAUAGAAUUUGAAAGGGAAACAAGACCAGAACCAGUGAUAACUAAACAGGAUAUCUUAAAUCUUGAGGAAAUAAUUAAAAAAAGAAUUAUUGAUUCUAACUUUAAUGAUAUUCAAAAAAUAUAUUCUAAAAAGAAAAAAACAUUCCAUCCUAGCAAAUUAUUUGAAAUUGAUGAUGAAAAAAACAAAAAAAGCUUAGCAGAGAUUUAUGAAGACGAAUAUAAUAAAAAAACAGACCCUAAUUAUAUAGGAAAGAAGGAUGAAAAACUAAUUAAAGAACAUAAUGAAAUCGAAGAACUUUUUAAAAAAGCAAUGAAUAAACUUAAUUCAUUAAGUAGUUUAUAUCAUAAACCAAAACUCGCAAAACCUACACUUAAUAUUAUUUCUAACGUUUCAACAAUUAUUAUGGAAGAAGCUCAGCCUUCAUCAUUGGCUACAAAUGAUAUGUUAGCACCCCAUGAAAUAUACAUUACCGGAUCAAAAAAGGUUAAAGGGGAAAUUCUAAAAAGAUCUGGCAUAAUAAUUGCAAAAAAUGAAAUGACUAGGGAAGAAAAAAAUAAAACUCGGAAAUACCUUAAAUCUAGAAAAAAACAUAAAUUAUUGAAUCAAACCAAUAAGCUGGCCGGAGAAAUUAUUAAAACAUUAAAAAAAAGUAAUGUUAAAAUUAUACAAGCAAAUAAUGAAAAAAAAAACAUUAUAAAACAUCCAAAGAGCUCUAAAGAAAUUAAAAGAUCAUUUGAAUUAAAAUUAUAA